AUGACUGGACGGCUUGAGUUGCAAUAUCGUUCGCCAUUGACGUGGCAGUCGCGAUGUGCUCCUCGCGUGGGGAAUGUUUCGCCUGUCUCCUGGAAAGGCAGGGCCGCAAAGCACAGGGAGGCUUGUCCUGUUCUGCAGGGCCAGCGCCCGCCGAGGCCGCAACGGAUUGAGUACUCUCCAACCGCGCCGGUUGAAGUUGCAUAUGACUUGUCUUCUGUUCCAGAGCCACCUCCUCUGAACUGCAGCGUAGGAGGUGUUGACGACGAGGACGGUGAUGUCCAUGGAGUCCUUUCCAGGGUCGAACUGUCCAGGUACAUAGCCCGAAAAAAUGCAAGCUUGGCUGCCCUUGCCGAAGAAUCGCGUCAGCAAAAGCAGAGAGCUGCCCUUGGUGAUGGUGAUUGGCAGGGCGAAGUACCUGGUGCACAUUCCGACCUAAACCCAGGCCUGGAGGAUGCAGCAGCUUGGAGACUUGUCCUCGAGGCAUUGUCCUUUGAGCGGAAGCACUUCAAGCGAGGCUCCUCAAACACGUGGCCAGAUGGUUUCUGGUCUCCAGCAUGUCUCUCAAGUCGCGAUGAACUGCUGCAGCUGGAUGCAGAGCUGACCUCACUCCUUCCUCGGUUCGAUGCAAUGGAUGCCCCGGUGUGCGAAGAUAGCCUUCGGGCCUUGCCAGCUGCGGUGUUCAUGCGGCAACUUCUUUCAGAUCUUCGCUUGGCGCUUGGCAACUUGCACGGUGCCGCCGUCGCACUGGCGAUCUCCAAGUCUGCAGAGCCAGAGUCCGCUGAUCCUCUUCGGCCGCUGCUACUCAUCGCCUGGGAGGAUGCUUUGGACUGUGACUUUCUGAAGGCCCACCACUGCUUCCGCCUUGGGCGCCUGGCGAUCAUUUCUGCUAAGGCAGAGCUUCUCGUGGCACAGGAACUGAGAAAUGCGUCUCCCACGAAACUCCAGCUUCGAAGGGCAGCUGAUCGCGAGACUGCCGCUGCUAACGCAGCCUUGGCCGUCGGUUACUUGGGCCGUUGA